AUGACCUUAAUUGGUUGGGGUAGUCUGGUCCUCCAGAAACCACAAUCAACUAAGCCUCGGAUACACGUAUUACCUGGAACCCCUUUUGGAAAUGGAAAACGGAAAUGUAAGGAGAUAAAGAUUGCGACCUGGAACACGUUGAGCCUGUAUCGCACUGGAGCUUGUCAGAAUCUAGCUGAUUCACUGAAAGAGUACAAUAUCACAAUUGCAGCACUUCAAGAGGUGAGGUGGACUGGUACAGGCCAAGUAAAAAUAAAUGAUUAUACAAUUUACUAUAAAGGAAUGGAUGACUUACACCAGUUUGGUGUGGGUUUUGCUGUAACUAAGGACUACGAGAUGUGUGUAAAAGAAUUUAACCCAGUAUCUGAACGCAUAUGUACGAUAAGGCUGGACACAAAACCUCUAAACAUUUUCAUAAUUAAUAUACAUGCUCCCACUGAAGGAAAAGAAGACAUAAUAAAGGAGGAAUUUUAUGAAGAAGUAACGGAGGUCUACGAUAGGGCACCAAAAAAUACGGUGAGAAUUGUUAUUGGAGAUUUUAAUGCCAAGAUAGGGAGAGAGACCAUCUAUAGACCGACAAUUGGAUUACACAGCGCUCACGAACAAAGCAAUGAUAAUGGCCAGAGAAGUAUAGCUUUUGCAACUUCAAGGAACAUGACCAUAAGCAGCACUUUCUUUCCUCACAAGGAUAUCCACAAAUAUACGUGGAAAUCACCUGAUGGAAACACGUUUAACCAAAUUGACCACUUGGCCAUUGACAAAAGAUUCAAAUCAAGUAUUUCGGAUAUAAGAAGUUAUCGAGGAGCGGACUGUGACUCAGAUCAUUUUUUGGUCAUUGCGAAAUUCAGAAUUAAGCUGAAGAAGGUUCAAAAAACAAAUAAUAGAAUACCAAAAUACAAUUUAGAGAAGCUUAAAGAAGAAGGAGAAAAUCAAAAAUACAUAAAAUCUCUCACAGAAAAGUUAAGGGAAAACCAAACGGACAAGCUGGAAACAAGUGAUAGAUGGACUAUUAUAAGAAAUACUAUAAUCGAAGCUGCAAGAAAAUCACUAGGUGAAGCCAGAAAGCAAGCAAAGAAAUGGUAUAACAAUGAGUGCCAGAAUGCAGUGCUAAAAAGAAAUGAAUACCGUCAAAAAUAUCUGAGAAAUCUUUCAGCAGAAUCCAAAGAACUAUUUGAGACAGAACGAAAGAGAUGCAGAAGACCCAGAGGCAGACCGAAGAAACGGUGGAUGGAUGGAGUACAACAAGAUCUAGAGAGGUUAGAAGUAACAGAAUGGGAGGAAAGGAUACAGGAUCGUGAUUAUUGGAGAACAGUGACAGUGGCAGCCAAAACUCUUACAGAGUUGUGA